AUGCGCCUUCUGGACCAGGUCGCGGCAGGUCUGGCGCUUUCGGAGGAGGUGAGGAGAUUUUCCUAUAUCGCGUACAUGUGAAAGAUCACUCGGGAUCCACCGAGCGCGACUGCCCUUAGCGCGCAAGGCGUAUUCGCGCCAGUAAAGACCUCAGGCUAACAAGACGUACAGGCGCAGACAAGCAGUCAGACGACAUAUGCCCCUAAUAAUCCAUUCACGAGACUAACUCCGUCACCAGAUUCGGCAUCGACGCAGAAGGCAUACGAAUCGACCUGACCGACGCCAAAGAGGGCGGCGAACGUCCUGCUUGGCCUUUCUCCGCCUACGCGCCAGGCAAGGAUGCGCCCAAACAGCUGCUGGAAGGCGCACUCGAACAGAGCCCAGAAGAGAUGCGAGUACAGUGCUAUAUCGCACGCGCAUCCGGUCAGGAGCAGCAAUAUGUAAGUGUCUUCAAGGAAACAGCGCCAAGCAUGUCCUGACCAAACGUCCAGGCACAACAGGAGGAAGCACUACUGGCUCAAGUCAAUCAGCAGAUCCAGACAAUCAAGAGCGAUCUCGAAGGCGCCCGGAGAUUCAUCGUGGACGGACAAAACGAACACCCCAAUCGCAAUGAUCAGGUCCUUUUGCCCAGCAGCAACUUUGCCCGCCCGAGUGGAGGCCCUAGCCAGGCGUCUGGCUUCGGCACAAGCAACACAUCUACACCAUCUACAUUUGGCCAACCGACAGGACCCCGACCGGCCUUCGGCGCAGCAUCUUCCAUGGCACAGUCCUCCGGCGCCUUUGGUCAGCCGUCACAACUUGGAGCCGGCUCAGGCUUUGGCAAGCCCUCCUCAUUAGGUGGCGGAAGUGGCUCUGGAUUUGGCCAGGCGUCCAGUCUGGGUCAGCAGAACAGUCCAUUCGGAGGUGCGCCAAAGCCAGCGGCCUUCGGACAGCCAUCACAGCCAGGCGCAAGCACAGGAGGCUUUGCUAGCUCAUCGCAACCCGCAUUCGGACAGAGCGGUUUUGGAUCAGCCCCGAAGCCAGCUUUUGGGACUCCGUCACAACCCACAGGGGCCUUUGGCCAGCCGUCACAGCCAUCGAGAUAUGGCCAACCACCUCAACCAUCGGCAUUCGGACAACCCUCACAACCCGCAUCAAAUUCUGGUUUCGGUCAACCGUCGCAAUCAGGAGGCCAACCUUCGGCAUUCGGACAGCCCUCACAACCCGGCCAGCCUUCAGCGUUUGGAAAGCCUUCACAACCUAGCCAGCCAUCCGCAUUCGGCCAACCGUCGCAACCCGCAGGUUUCGGCCAGCCGUCACAGCCUAGCGGCUUCGGUCAACCAUCCCAACCCGCCAACCCCUUCGUAAACAAACCCUCACCCUUUGGACAGACACCACAGAGCCAGAGCAGCCCCUUUGUCACAGCAGGGCAAAAUCAACAAUCGCGACCAAACCCAUUCGGCGGACCAUCAGACGCUCAGUCCAGCAGCGGAGGCGGUACUCUCUUCGGUGCUCGUCCUACCCCGUCCAACACAACCAGCGCCGCGCCGAAUGGCAAAUCCGUGAUUCGCCCCGCCUCCUCAUCCCAGGCGACGUCCUGGAAAGGAAAACCCCUGACCCGAGACAAGGACGGAAAUCCCUGUCUCCAAGUCGCCGACUCUUCCAAACCGAGCGGUCGACGUCUGGAGCGAGUCUGGUUCCCCGACGGCCCGCCGCCUACCAAUGUGCAGAACGAAGGUGCACUGCUGGAUCCCGAGGCACCGCAGGAAGUCUACGAGGGACCACUGGGCAGGAUACUGCAGGGCCUCUAUGGAUUUGCGCUCACGGAGGGGAAGUUCAAGGAUGGAAUUGUCCCUGAGGUCCCGCCGAAGAUGGCGUGGGUGGGGCAUGAUAUUUGA